CCUGCUCGGGACGCGCGUAAAUUGAAAAGCGGAGCCGUGGCGUUUGGGCGCCUAGUAGGGAGUCUCCGCUGAGCCUCGGCUGGAACCUCGGCGUUGGUGCCGGGCGGCGGAAGUAUAACUGGCAGGAUGGGGAUACAAGGUUUGCUCCAGUUUAUCAAAGAUGCUUCUGAACCCAUCCAUAUAAAGAAGUAUAAAGGGCAGGUGGUAGCUGUGGAUACAUACUGUUGGCUUCACAAAGGAGCCUUUGCUUGUGCUGAAAAGUUAGCCAAAGGCGAACCUACUGACCAGUAUGUAGCAUUUUGUAUGAAAUUUGUAAAUAUGCUUCUAUCUCAUGGAAUCAAGCCUAUUCUGGUAUUUGAUGGUUGUACCUUACCAUCUAAAAAAGAAGUAGAAAAGGCUCGAAGAGAAAGACGUCAAACCAACCUUCUAAAGGGGAAACAGCUUCUUCGAGAGGGAAAAAUUUCAGAAGCCAGGGAAUGUUUUGCCCGUUCUGUCAAUAUCACACAUAACAUGGCCCACCAAGUAAUUAAAGCUGCACGGUCCCAGGGAGUGGAUUGCAUAGUUGCUCCUUAUGAAGCUGAUGCACAGUUGGCCUACCUUAAUAAAACUGGGAUUGUACAUGCUAUAAUCACGGAGGAUUCUGACCUUCUAGCUUUUGGGUGUAAAAAGGUAAUUUUAAAAAUGGACAAGCUUGGAAAUGGAUUGGAAAUUGAUCAGGCUCGACUAGGAAUGUGUAGGCAGCUUGGGGAUGUGUUCACUGAAGAAAAAUUUCGUUACAUGUGCAUUCUGUCAGGCUGUGAUUAUCUGUCAUCACUUCAUGGAAUUGGCUUAGCCAAGGCUUGCAAACUACUAAAAAUAGCCAAUAAUCCUGAUAUUAUAAAGGUUAUCAAGAAAAUUGGGCACUAUCUUAAGAUGAAUAUAACAGUGUCAGAAGAGUAUAUCAAGGGAUUUAUUCGAGCCAACAAUACUUUCCUUUACCAGCUAGUUUUUGAUCCCAUCAAAAGGAAACUUGUUCCCCUUAAUGCCUAUGAAGAUGACAUUGAUCCAGAGACACUACAGUAUGCAGGACUAUAUAUUGAUGAUACCACUGCCUUUCAAAUUGCACUUGGCAAUAAAAAUAUAAAUACAAUGGAACAAAUUGAUGACUAUAACCCAGACACUGCUAUGCCUCACCAGCCAAGAAGUCAAGGGUGGAAUGACAAAAGAUCUUAUCAGAAGCCAUUGAAUGUGAAUAGCAUUUGGAAUAGGAACCAUUGCCCUACACCUAAAUUAGAUGUUUCAGAUACUCCAUCUUUGCCUGAGAGAUGUACUACUGCAGGCACCGAAAGAAUUAUUAGUACUAAGGGACUUAAUCUUCCAAAGAAAAAGCUAUUUCUAAAAAGACCAAGAAGUGAGGAACUAUCAGAAGAUGAUCUCUUAUCCCAGUAUUCAUUUUCAAUUACUAAGAAAACCAAGAAAGAGAACUGUGAAAAUAACAAGCCACAGAAGUUUUCUGAAGCAUUCAUCCCCGACACAGGACAUACCAUUUCCUGUAAAGAAACAUCGAAUACUCGGCCUAAAGUGAGAAACAAAUUUGCAUCGUUUUUGCAGAAGAGAAACGAAGAAAGUGGUGCAGUUGUGGUUCCAGGGACUAGAAGCAGGUUCUUCUGUAAUUCUGUGGAUGCAGCUGACUUCACUGAAAAAAACAGAAGCAGUCAACCUUUAUGUGAAACUACGGUCUUAGACAUACAGACUGAGCUAAAUGAAUCAGAUGAUGUGGAUAGCCAGAAGCCUGCUGAUACAAAUGUAGCUCAGAAUCCAGGUGAUCAGAAUAUGGAUGAUCUAAAUGAAGCAUCUGAUCAUGAUUCUCAGUCUUCUGAGAAUAAAUUCACAAGGACAAUCUCACCACCCACCUUAGGAACACUAAGAAGUUGCUUCAGUUGGUCAGGAAAUCUUCGGGAUUUUUCCAGGACUCCUAGCCCAUCUCCAAGUGUAGUUUUGCAGCAGUUUGCAAGAAGGAGCGAACCCUCAACCCCUUUGAUUAAGAAUAAUAACGAAAUGUCCAGUUUGUCUCAAGAAAGCAGUAAUGAUUUAGAUGGUGAAACAUGUCCCAUUCCUGAAAUGGGAUGUUCUUCACAAUCUCAGGAAAGCUUGGAACUAUCACAGAACAGUUUGGAUUCCUCAAGGCUCUCUCAGCUAUCAAGCAAUGAUUCUGAUUCAGAGGAAUCUGACUGUGGUUCCAAGCCAACUGAUAAUCAAAGGUCACAGAGCUCUCAUCUACAUUUGUCUUUGUUUGCAAAAAGAAAAGACUCAACUCUAGGGAACAAGGCUCUUGGGCUCUCUAAAUCCAGUUCGGUGGGAUCUCUUUCUACAAAUAAGAUCAAGCCACUAGUCCCAGCCAAAGUCAGUGGACUAAGCAAGAAACUCACAAGUGUGCAGAAGAGAAAUCAUCACGAUGCUGAAAACAAGCCAGGAUUACAGAUCAAAAUCAAUGAACUCUGGAAAAAUUUUGAAUUUAAGAAAAAUUCUGAAAAGCUUCCUUCCUGUAAAAAGCCACUUUCUCCAGUCAAAGAUAAUCUCCAGCUUACUCCAGAAACAGAAGAGGAUAUAUUUAAUAAACCUGAAUGUAGUCAUGUUCAGAGAGCAAUAUUCCAAUCAAUAUAGACUGCUGUUUGGCUCUUGUAUGCUCUGAGACCUUAAUGUAUUGAAGCUGCCUGUUAAGAGAACAGGGAAACUAAUCUGCAGUAAAAUGGACCUGUUCCAGGUUUAAAAUGUACAUUUUGUAUGUGAAUUAUGCUCUUUGUCUGAAUUUGUGUAUUUUUUUUGGCUGUUAAAGAAUAACUUUAUA